GAUCACCCAGCGCAUAUGCGCGUCCGCGUCCGGAUCCCGUGCGGGCGGCCAUUAAAAGCCACGGCGCCGAACGAGAGGCCCUGUCGCCUCGGGGCGGUUGAAAUUAACGAAGCCGAAGACGAGCGCCCAGGAAAGCAACCGACGCACUGCCCCGCCUCGUCGGUGGCCGGGAACAACCCGACAAGAGCAGCGAAGCCGGCAGGGCAAGGACCUAGGAGAGGAGUGGGAUCGCGCCGCGAGGUGGAGGCGGCGGCCGGGAUGGUGGCUAGGAAGGCGCCGGCGGGCGCGCGGCGGAGCGGGGUCCGUGUGGGCCCCGCGAGGCUGGAGGGCCUCCCCGCGGCGUGGCUGGGCGCGGCGGCGGUCAAGGUGAAGUGGCCCGCGGCCGGAGGGGCGCUCUCGCAGAUGAUCACGGGGAGGUGGGCGCGCGGGGUCACCGCGGUCGAGGCCGUCGGCGCCGACGGAGCCGUUCGGUGGGAGCCUCGAGACGGCAACCGGUACAGGUUCGAUGUCGAGCCGGCCGGCGCGCGGGGGCGGCCGGAGCGCGGCGUGUUCUUCUCCAUCCUCUAUGGAUUCCAAGAACAAGGAAGGGGCAAAGACCUGGUGAGGCUUGAAGAGAUCGGGACAGCCAUGAUAAGCCUGGAGGAGUGCUGCUGGGAGAUGCAACUGCAGCAGCAACAGCAGCAGCUGGUGGCUGUCCCCAUAAGGGUGAGGAAGGAUGGAUGGGCAAGUGAUGCCAUGCUUUAUGUUAAUGUGGAACUCGUGGAUGUGAACACGCCCUCGGAAAUCGAAAGAGCUGUCUCUUUUAGGGAGAAGCCAAGAAUGAACCUGGUGCCGAGAAUGCGGGACAACAGGAAGAGCAUGGAGGCAGCAACCUAUCAUGAGGUUCUUGAUCUGAAGCAGUUGCUUGACUUGGCUGAAAAGGAAGGGAAGGUGGCCGUGUUCGGAAACAAAAGGAACUCCGACAGCAGCAGCAUGAGCAGCAUGAGCAGCAGUAGCAGCACAAUUAGCCUCAGCAGUGCCAGCACAAGUGGUGGCGCGAGCCCGGAGCCCGCCUCGACGUCGAAGCGCCGGUUCCUGCCAUGGACGAUGAGGAGCAGGGACUUCGACAAGAGGAGCAACGAGUCGCUCUCCCAAGAAUUGCCCAUGAAAUGCAUGGAUGACGAUCCGGCCGGCAGCUGGGAGGCGCGCGAAUUCAGGAGCAGGGACGCGGAGACGAAGCUCAAGACGCCGGUGUUCUUCGCGUCCAUCGACCAGCGCGACGGCAGCGCCGGCGGGGAGAGCGCGUGCACGGCGCUCGUGGCGGUGCUCGCCGCAGCGCUCCACGCCAAUCACCCGACGAUGCCCACCCGGCCAGAGCUCGACGCGCUCAUCAGGGAUGGCUCGUCGGAGUGGAGGAAGCUCUGCGACGACGAGGCGCACAUGGCGCAGUUUCCGAACCGGCACUUCGACCUGGAGACCAUCCUCGCGGCGAGGACGAGGCCCAUCGCCGUGCAGCAGGACAAGGGGUUCGUCGGCUUCUUCCAGCCGGAGAGCUUCGCGUCCCUGUCCGGCGCCAUGUCGUUCGAAGACAUCUGGCGUGAGAUCAGCAGCGGGAGCCGCGAACCGGGGCGCGCAGACGUGUACAUCGUGAGCUGGAACGACCACUUCUUCGUGCUCAAGGUGGAGAGCGACUGCUACUUCGUGGUCGACACGCUCGGCGAGAGGCUGUUCGAAGGCUGCGACAAGGCCUACAUGCUCAGGUUCGACGGCACAUCGGAGAUGCACUCGCUGUCGACGCCCGACAAGGAGGAGGUGAUCGUCACCGGGAAGGAAUGCUGCAGGGAGUUCAUCAAGAGGUUCUUGGCCGCCAUUCCGCUCAGGGAGGAGCUGGAGAUCGAGAAAAAGGGCACCGGUGGCAUGGACGGCGGUGCGCCGCACCGGCGGCUGCAGAUAGAGUUCCACUUCACAGUCCUGCAAGAAGGCGAACAAAGAUGAUCAGAUGGUGAUCUGAAAGCAGCGGGGGAUGUUUCUUUCCUGAUUGCAUUGUACUAACAUAAUGUAAAUUCAUCUACAGUAUAAAAGAAACAGGAAAUUGCAGCACUAAAAAUUACAGGAUAGGAUUGUUGGUUUUCUUUGUUCCAUUUGGAUAGGAAAUAGGAAGAUGAAAAUACAGAAUACAGAGUGCUGGCCUAUCUUACUUUUUUUUCGGUGGGGUUGGUCCAUUUCUUGAUCGCUUCACUUGUCAAAUACCAUUUUUGUAAGCCAGAUCAAUAUUAUAAAUUACUUGCCUA